CAGCGAGGCUCCACCCACGGCAAAACACAACGUAGCCAAGCUUUGGGUCGUGUGGACUCGCUGCUUCCUGCGAUCACAACCCAUAGGAAUAUUCUGCUUCGGACCGGGAAAUAUUAUAUACGAUCGAUAAUCAGUAUUACGAACAAAUUUCUGCCAGUGAAAAGUUGACGUCCGUAGACUAUCGACAGCCAUUACGGUGGAGAGAAGUGUAUUAUGACGACGUCCACCAUGUCGUGUCCAGCCUACUGGAGGUCGGCGUACGUUCCUCUCUAGUUGUGUGCCACUAUCGAUCCGACCAACGCCAGCUCCAAACGACGACGUACUUCUGCCUGCUUGUCUCCCCGGAGGACGGCAAAUCGGGUCCCCCUCUCUGUCGUCCCCUUCGUCUCGUUCGCCUUUUUAUCCCACGGAAUCUAAUGGUGAUGGUGGUAGUGUGUGGCCUUGUGUGGUUUUCUAUGUGACGACGUUAUUGUGGAUAAAAGCUCUGUCGGUGUAUCUUGGAGUGCGCGUUGUAUAUAUCACGGAUCGCCAGUUUUGCAUUUAAUAUUCUUGUUUCUUUAUAUUUCUGUAUAUUUGAUAUAUAUUGUGUGUGUUGGUGUGUUGGACAACGAGUGUGCUGAAUGCAUCUUUUCAUCUUCCAUGGUGCUGGCCAGCAUUGACAGCACGGAGUCCGAGCAGCGCAGGAGGCAGCCGUCCAUGGAUGCCCCCGAGAACACGGUGCUGCUAGCCAAGCAGGCGGACUGGACAAAGGGAGAACAACAGCUUUACUACCUGGACAGCAGUAGGUUGAAACGAGACCAGUCCAAAGCACCAGGCUCAAUGUAUGGACAAUUGGUUACGCAGGACCAACUGGUUGCAAUGGCAACCAGAGCGCAAGGCUCACAAAAUGAUUUUGUGUCCUUGCAAUCUCGUGUAGCCUAUAAAUAUCGUGAUCCAAGUACAGCUCCAUUAAGAAAACUUAGUGUAGACCUCAUCAAAACAUACAAACAUAUUAAUGAGGUUUAUUAUGCCAAGAAAAAACGCAGAGCACAACAAACUCAAGGUGAAGACACUAGUCAUAAAAAAGAAAGAAAAUUAUAUAAUGAUGGCUAUGAUGAUGAUAAUCAUGACUACAUCAUUAGAAAUGGAGAAAAGUUCCUUGAUAGAUAUGAAAUAGACUCGUUAAUAGGAAAGGGUUCAUUUGGCCAGGUAAUUAUUAAAAUUCAGUAGUUAUUUUAAAAUAUGUAUAUAAAUUAGUGAUAGCUGAACAUAA